CGUCUUCGGAAAAAGCCACUCAGAAGUUGCGGGACCGUCGCCGAGGCUUGUGUGAAGGCAGCCCGGGGGGAACUUUCCGAAGCUCAGCGGGCGAGUAUUAAAGAGCACAGAGGCGUCUCUUCGUUUCUCUGUGCCUUUAAAAAAACAACAACAAAACUUUUCGUUUUUCCUAAACAAAGAUUAAACCUCCGUUUAGGAAGCGCGCCUAAGCGAGCACUUCGGCGGCGUAUAGGAUGCCGUUCCGUGGGAAUUUCGAGUAAGGAGACGUAAUAAUCAUGAUUUUGCCAAUUUGGAGUCUUUGGUUUAUCUCAAUUGCUGGAGCUAAAAGUCUUAGUGCUGAAAAGGUCAUCCCAUUUUGUGGCAUUGCUGAUUGCAAUUUUCAUGGGAAGAGUCUGCACACAUUUCCACUGGGCCUAUCAGAUGCUGUCUUGGGACUGGACCUGGCCUUCAAUAGCAUUGUGCAUAUUCAAGAUGUUGACCUAAAGUUUGCAGUCAAUCUUAGAACACUUUUGCUUCAAUCCAAUUUAAUUCAAACCAUCGAUGAGCAUGCUUUUGACUUCCUUGGAAAACUGGAGCACUUGGAUUUAUCAUGGAACAGCUUGACCUACUUGUCACCCUCUUGGUUCAGAAAUCUUUCUUCUUUACAGAAAUUAAACCUAAAGGGAAAUUCCUACUCAAAACUUGGGAUACUUCCAUUAUUUUCUGGCUUACAAAAGCUGAGAUAUCUAUACCUGGGAAAUGAUAAAUUCUCUUCUUUACAGGCAAAAGAUUUUGAAGGAAUUUCAGUUCUUGAAGAACUGGAGAUUGAAGGACAUAAUCUUGCACAAUAUUCACCAGGAGCCCUGCAGUCUCUUGAUCACAUAAAUCACAUUAUUUUGAAUGUUCCUGUCAAUUUAAUCUUGAACUGGAUUUUAGUUGAUGUUAAAAAUUCUGUGGUGUUUCUUGAACUGAGAAAUGCACACAAUGACCGUGACUCCCUUACCAAUUAUUUCAAAAAGGUUCCAAUAACUGCUCAAAAGCUUGUAUUUAGACAUAGUUUUUUUUUAGAAAAUCAUGUUACUUCCUUAAUUAAUGCAUUAUCUGGUAUGACCCAGUUACAAGAGUUAGAAAUUAUAGAUAGCACAUUACAAGGUACUGGGCAGUUCAAUACUAGAUCGCACAUUUUAAGUAAUCUACAUAUAAUAACAAUUAGGAAUUUAAAAAUAGAAUUAUUUUAUUUAUUUUCAGAUCUUUCAAGCAUGUUGUAUCUUGUAGAGAAUGUUACCAGACUGACUGUUGAAAAUACAAAAGUUUUUCUUGUGCCUUGCGAACUUGCCCAAAAAUUCAUUUCAGUACAGUAUCUUGAUAUCAAUACAAAUUUGCUUCAGGAUUCGUUUUUUGAGCAUUCAUUCUGUCCAGGCAGUUGGCCUAAACUGCAGACUCUCAAUGUUAGUCAAAAUUCUUUGACAUAUCUUGAUCGGAUGGCUCGAAGUGUGGCUCAUUUAGUCGAUCUUACUAAUCUAGAUGUAAGUCAGAAUAACUUAGAACAAAUGCCAGAGUCGUGUCAUUGGCCAAAAAGCUUGAAAUAUUUAAAUAUUUCUGGCUGCAAAGUAGAGAAACUUACAGGUUGCAUCCCUGACUUUUUAGAAAUUCUGGAUGCAAGCAACAAUUUCCUCCAUGAUUUUAAGGUGAGCUUGCCCCAUCUUCAGGAACUUUAUCUUACAAAUAAUAGGUUCAAAACUCUACCACAUGCUGCCUUCAUCCGUCAUGUAAGGUUUGUGACUAUUAGAGAAAACAGUGUGUUUGUGUUCUCUGAGCAGGAACUGCAAGCGUUUGUAGAACUGAAGUCGCUGGAUGCCCGUAAUAACAGUUUUCAAUGCACGUGUGGUUUUGUUUCGUUUGUACAAUCUUAUCCAAGAAUAUAUAAUAUCUGCGUUGGUUGGCCUGAAAAUUACAUCUGUGAUUCUCCAGAUUAUGUAAAAGGGGAUCAGAUCGGAGUUGCCCAGCUGCAAUUGAUUGACUGUCAUUUUAAUUCUUUUGUGUCCAUCCUUUGUAUUCUGAUAAUCCUGAUCAUCCUGGUGUCAGCUUUUCUUUGCUACAAGUUCCAUGUCAUUUGGUAUAUACGCAUGACUUUGGCUUGGCUCAAAGCAAAACGCAAGCCUCAAAGGACCCAUAACCAGGCCGUCUGCUAUGAUGCAUUCGUUUCCUACAGUGAACAAGACUCAGAAUGGGUGGAAAAUAUUAUGGUGCAGAUGCUGGAGCAAUCAAACCCUCCAUUUAAACUCUGUCUUCAUAAAAGAGAUUUUAUGCCUGGCAAAUGGAUUGUAGACAAUAUUAUUGACUCCAUUGAGAAGAGCUCUAAAACUCUGUUCGUGCUUUCGGAGAAUUUUGUACGGAGUGAGUGGUGCAAGUAUGAAUUGGAUUUUUCUCACUUCCGUUUUUUUGAUGAGAAUAAUGACACGGCCAUUUUGAUCCUCCUGGAAUCUAUUCCAAUUAAAACCAUCCCAGAAAGGUUUUGCAAACUCCGAAAAUUAAUGAAUACCAAAACUUAUCUCGAAUGGCCAAGUGAUAAAGAUCAAGAAGAGUUAUUUUGGUUUAAUUUGAAACUGGCAAUAAAGGCCUAGGUGAGAAGUCGGUAUAAUAGACCAUUUCCAUUAGUUUUAGCAGCAUUUCUGGUGUGAAGAAUUUGUUAUGGUUCAGAAUAUACAGUCCAGUCCAGUCCAGUAGCAGGAGGCAAAUGGGCUUCCAGAAGUGUGAUUCCUUGAACCCGAGGAUUUUUCUUCAUCGUGUACUUUGACUGGUUUUUACUCAGCAGAAAUAUCAGGAACACGCAACACUGUCCAAGUUUUGCACAUAAAUCUCAACUCUUCAGAUAUUUAUGAGAAAGAAGAAUUUAGCAGGGGAGGAUAUAGCAGCUAAGGUACAGUUCUAGCAGAGUCUUAAAAAGUGAAGGUAAAGGUUCCCCUUGCACAUAUGUGCUAGUUGUUUCCAGCUCUAGGGAUGGUACUCAUCUCUGUUA